AACCCCAAUUCUCAAAACCCCAAAUCAGUACUAAAUGCUUUCAAUGGGGUCUCUCCAUCUCUCCCUUAAAACCCCUCCAAAACCCUCGAAACCUCCAGAUCCCAUUUGCAAGAUUUAUGUAACAAAAGAAAUGGCUGGAUCAAAACCCGCAAAAGUUUCAAGCUUUCAUUUUAGGGACUUGACGGAGAGUUUUGCCAUUGAUGUUAAGAGGGCAGAGAAUAGACCAUUGAUUGCACCCUUUUACAAUAGCUUAAUCGAGGCUUGAUAAAGUAGAAAAUGUGGCAAUUAGGAUUGAUUUGAGCGAUGGUUGUGUGGGGUGGGGUGAGGCACCGAUAUUGCCAUUUGUUACUGCAGAGGAUCAGUCCACUGCUAUGGUUAAGGCUAGCGAGGCUUGUGAGUUGCUGAAGGACAGUCCAUCGAUGACGCUGGGCUUGGUUUUGGACAUUCUUCCCGGACACAAGUUUGCUUCGAUUAGGGAAGGAGUUGAGAUGACAUUAACUGAUGCAGUGGCUAAAAGCAAUGGUGUACCGUUGUGGGGAUUCUUUGGUGCAGCUUCUGAUAGCAUAACAACUGAAAUAACAAUUCCAAUCGUAUCUCCAGCAGAAGCUGCUGAAUUGAGAAUUGGCUUCAAAGUACCCAAAACAAGGAUUCAAAACUUUAAAGUUGAAGGUGGGAAAGAAACUGAGGGAGGACGUAGAGGUUCUUCAAGCUAUUCGGUUCAUCCUGAUUGCUUAUUUAUCUUGGAUGCUAAUGAGGGUUAUAAACCUGAGGAAGCUAUUGAAGUUUUUGAAAAAUUGCACAUUCAUAGAGAUGAUUGGGAAGGACUUGGUCAUGUUACCCAUAUUGCGAAAGGCAAAUAUGGGGUAUCUGUUGCAGCAGAUGAGAGUUGUCAUAGUUUAGUUGAUGCGAAGAGAAUAAUAACAGGAAAUCUUGCAGAUGUCAUUAACAUUAAGCUUGCCAAAGUUGGCAUUGUUGGGGGACUUGAAAUUAUUGAGGAGGCAAGGACAUCAGGAUUGGAUCCGAUGAUUGCUGGAAUGGUUGAGACCAGACUAGCCAUGGGCUUUACUGGUCAUCUUGCUGCUGGAUUUGGCUGUUUCAAAUGGCUAUCUGACAUCUUCCUGUCAUGAUUUUGUUUAGUAAGAACUCUUGAGUUAGGAUUUGCUCAGGAACAUCUUUUUCUACUAGUGGGCUUGACUCCAUGCGUUGAGGUACUCUCUUUUUUUCUCUGGUAAAAAGAUUAAGCAUGCUUAACAAAAGGGGCCAAAAAAAGAGAGAGAGGUCAUGACUGCAUUGGCCAUGCCAAUAUGUUGCUCAUCUCGGUGCGAUAGCUGAUAAGCCUGGUAAUGAGGUGAUAAGUGAUUGGUGCAGUGAAUUUUUGUUGAACCACUGCAUUUAACCGAAAUAUUCAAUGAUUUCCAAAAGAAAGGUAGAUGUGUAAGCGAGACACCUAAGGAAUUAUCCAACUAUUAUUAGUACUGUAUUUGUUCAGAUGUUUGAAUUUCUGAAUACAGCCCCCCUUUCAAUUGGUGAUCUUAUUUGGUGUAAACAAAUUUUUAAUUGGCAUUGCUUGCUGACAUCCUUUUCUACAAAUGGGUUUGAUUGAAUUGUGAACCUUAACAAAGUACUCGCCCUCCAACAUUUAAGGGUUUGUAAGUGAUUGCAAUCAGCUAUAAGGUUGAUUACAAUAUAUUAUGAAAGGGGAUUGGUGAA